CCGCUUUCAGUUCGAAAACACACGCAGAACGUGCCGCAAGCAAGAGACGAAUUUUUCGAGAACGGAAAUCCCGAAAGAACGCAGAUUUAACGGAAAUUUAUAUCGCUGUAAAUUCAAAUCGGAAAAACAAACCAAAAGAAAAACGUGAAAGUAAAUAAACAAAUCGGCACGAACGUAUAGGGUAGAAGAGGGAAGCAAGCCAAAAGGUUAGAAGGCGAAUUGAUUCAAGUAAUUCAAGAAGUCGCUAUACCCAAGAUCUACAAACAUGGGCUGCGCCACGACCAGCGUUAAGAUCACCUCCAUUAUACUGAAUGCCAUUUUAGGGCUACUGGCAUUGGGUUCCAUUGGUUGGAUCGCUUACAAUGCGGACACCGAGAGCGAGGAGUUUGCCAUUGCCGCCUAUGUGGCCUGCGCGCUCAUACUGCUCUUUGCGAUGCUGGGCAUCCUGGCGGCUGUGCGUGAAUCGGUGCCGCUGACAGCAACGAGCGCCGUUUUCCUGCUGAUCCUCGCCAUACCGCAAAUUGUGAGCACCUGCAUGCUGCUGCAUCAGUACGAGGUGCAGAGCGGCCAGGAGACGGUGGCCGUGGCCUGGCAGGCUAACAACAUGGACGGACUGCAGCAGAAGCACGAGUGCUGCGGCAAGAGCAGUGCGCAGGACUAUGUGCAUCUGAAUCAGCUGAUACCGCCCAGCUGCUAUGCCGAUCUGCAGCAGACCACCGAUCACCUCUAUGUGGAUGGUUGCAUCGAGAAGGUGCAGAGCUUCUACGAGAGCGACAAGGAGCGUUUCAUCAUUGUGUCCUGGGUGCUGGUGGCCUUUGAGCUGCUCUGCUUUGCCUUGGCCGUCUUUUUGGCCAUCAGCUUUCGCAACAAGCAGCGCCGCUUGCAGUUCUAGGCUGGCCGAGAGUCGGCCUGGCCUGUUGCCGCACAGUACAAAAAUGGUCACUCAAGUAUUUCCCGCCUUGGAAUUCUCAUUACCAACAAACUCAUUCGACAAACUAAAAACUAAAAACACUUUCCUCUAAUUAAGUACAAUCCAUAUACUCGUAUUUAGUCCAAUUAUGUCCAUUGCAAUGAUCGCUAAUAAAAAUAUG